UCCAACCAGAUCAAAAAAGAAAAAUAACCAAAAAAAAAAAAGAGUUAUUUAUCAGUCUCGAAAGCUUCUCCAGGUGGCCCUAGAGAAUGUCGACAGUGGAUGAACUCCAAUGGGCACUGCAAGCCAUAGAAUCCAAAAGCCUUGAGACCAUCUCUUUCCACCUCUCCCAACCAACCUCAGCUUCAGCCUCAGCCAGCUGCCACCAACAAACUGAUGAAAACUCCCUCAAACUACACAUCUCAACACAACAAUUCUCCCACCUUCUCAAUGCUAUAACUAAUUCCCAAAACACACGAAUUAUCAGACACCUGGAGUUCCACUCCGUAGAAUGGGACCCACAAUCAGCAAAAAAUCUCGCGAUUCUGCUCCAGACCGCCGAGCACCUGACCUUCCAACAAAACAAAUUCGACGCAGAAUGCUUGUCCCAGCUGUCACGAGCUCUGACGAACAACAAAAGCGUUAAACACAUCGCGUUCUUCAAAUCGGGCCUCGGACCAAACGGAGCUUCAGCACUCGCACGCGCUCUCAAGGACAAUCAAACCUUGGAGGGAUUCCAAAUACGGGAGGACUCGAUUGGGAAAAAUGGAGCCGAAGACCUUUCACAAAUGCUCGAAGCCAACUCGACCCUUAAAUGUCUCACCGUUUUCGACCCUAACCCAGCCGUAUCCGCCCCUCUAAUCUCGGCCGUCCUAGCCAGGAACCGGGCCACGGAAGUCUGCAUAUGGAACGAGGGAAAUAGUUCGAAAACGGCCGAAUUCGAACCCGAAAAGGGCUCUCUCCGAGUGCGCGGCCACCUGGACGUUGCGGGCGCGUGCCGGGUCACUUGUGCCUUGGGCCGGAACUCGACCGUGAGAUGUUUAGACAUGAGCGGGCUCCGGCUCAAGUCUCGGUGGGCCCGGGAGUUUCGGUGGGUCCUCGAGCAGAACACGACCCUGAGAGAAGUGAAUUUGUCGAGAACGGGCCUUAAGGAUAAAGGAGUUGUUUAUGUGGCGGCCGGUCUUUUUAGAAACCGGGCCUUGGAAAAAUUGUAUCUUGAUGGGAACUCGUAUAGUGGAGUGGGCGUGGAACAUUUGCUCUGUCCUCUUAGUAAAUUCUCGGCCUUGCAGAAUCAGGCAAACACGGUUUUAAAGAGACUUAGUUUUGGAGGAGGAAGGACUAAGAUCGGGAGAGUGGGACUUGCUGCCAUUUUGCAUUUUCUGUCGAGCAAUCAAAGCAUGGACUGGUUGGGUAUACACGACGACGGGAGUUUGAAGCCGUAUGCAAUAGUGAAAAUCUUGGAGAGCUUGAAGAGGAAUUCGACUCUGAGGUGUUUGUCCCUCCAGGGCUGCAAAGGGGUGAAGGGAGAACAAGUGUACCGGGCCAUAAUGGAGACACUGGAUGUGAAUCCGUGGAUAGAAGAAAUCGACCUCUCAAGAACACCACUUGAGGCUGAGGGAAAAAUGGAAGACAUAAUUCAAAGGCUAAAGCAGAACGAGACAAGUGGGCCUGGAGAGAUUGAUUUGCUCAACGAUAUGGCCAUGACUAUGUCUAGAAGCUGUCGGGUUUUUCUCUGUGGCCAAGAAUGCGCUGGUAAAACUACGUUGUUCAAUUCGAUAUUGCAGAAUGUGUCACCUUCUAGAGUGCCAUACAUGGGCCACGUGAGGAGCUUAGUGGACCCCAUCGAGCAAGCGGUUAAGUUGCCUGGCAUGAGUAUCAAGAACUUCAAGGAUGAAGACACAAGAAUCUCGAUAUGGAAUCUUGCAGGCCAGCACGAAUCUUUCUCACUCCACGACCUCAUGUUCCCUGGCCAUGGCUGCUCGUCCUUCUUCCUGAUUGUUUGCAGCAUGUUAAAAAAACCAGGCAAUAGAGAACUGAAAACCCUGACCGAGAUCGAAGAAGAUCUCAAUUACUGGCUCCGGUUCAUUGUUUCCACCUCGAGAAGAGCCGUUCAGCAGUGCACGCUACCUAGUGUGACGAUAGUGCUUACUCAUCACGAUAAAGUCGAUCAGCAGCCGGAUGAUUUCCAGAACACAGUGAAUAUGGUACAGAGACUGAAAGAUAAAUUCGAAGGGCUCGUUGCGUUUUGCUCGACUGUGUUCACGGUUGACGCAAGAUCAUCUGGGUCAGUCAGCAAGCUCAGCCAACAUAUCUCAAGAACUUGCAAGACAAUACUCGAGAAGAUUCCUAGAGUUUACCAGCUUUGCAUUGACCUGGUGGAAAUUUUAUCCGAGUGGCGUCGGGAGAACAACGACCGACCAUCGAUGAAAUGGAAAGAGUUUUCCGAGCUAUGCCAGGUCAAGGUCCCGUGUCUGAGAAUUCAGUCGAGGCACGAUAACAGGGAGAGAGUCGAGACGAGGAGGAAAGCAGUGGCUACGAGUCUUCACGAAUUAGGGGAGGUUAUUUAUUUUGACGAGCUGGAGUACGUGAUUCUUGACUGCGGGUGGUUUUAUGGGGAGAUGCUGAGUCAGAUGUUGAGGAUUGAUUUUAAGAAGCAUGUUCCGAAGGAGAAUAAUGGGUUCGUGUCAAGAGAAGAGUUUGAGAAGAUUCUGAGAGGGAGCUUGCAGAGUUGUAGCAUGAUGGAGAAUCUGGAUGCUAAUGGUCUUAUAAAGAUGAUGCUGAGACUCGGGCUAUGUUUCGAGCAAGAAAAUUCUUCAGAUUUGGGUUCGGCGCUGCUGGUACCAUCGAGUUUGGAGGAUGGCAGGUGGAAGCCUCAGAGAUGGCUGGUUGACUCUGCUGAUAGCAAUUACGUGGGAAGGCGUCUUCAGUGUGAUGAGUCGAGCCACGUGUUUUUGACACCCGGUUUCUUCCCGCGUUUACAGGCAAGUCUUGUACUUUUACACAACAAAAUCACUAAACUGCGCGAGCAGCACGGAGCAGCAUCGUACACCCUCGAGAAGCAUCUGAUCUCCAUAACCAUAAACGGCAUUCACGUCCGCAUGGAGCCCGGAGGGCAAUCUCGUCAUUACAUAGACGUCCUCGCAUGCUCCUCCAAGAGCCCCACCGAGAUGCUCAGACUCUUUCAGCACUUCAUAACACCAUCCAUACAACAGACCCUCUUCCACGGACCCACGCUCACAGAGCACGUGAUCCGACCCCAAUGCGUAAAAAACCUCACUCCCCCAAGACACCGCCAAAACCACACAAUCCCCGUGCAGCAACUAAAACUCGCCCUUCUAUCACUCCCCGCCGACAACAUCUACGACUACCAGCACACGUGGCGCGACGGGUUCGACUUUGCCCGCGACCUUCUCUCAGAUGACGACUUUCGAGACGUGCUUCACUCCCGAUAUCACGAUCUGUACAACCUCGCCGUGGAGCUUCAGGUCCCGCCUCAGGAGAACGGGGAAAUAGUCGAAGCCUCCGUGGACCCCACGCUGGGCGGCAUAGCCAAGGGCGUCGAGGCCGUUCUGCAAAGGCUGACGAUAAUCGAGCAGGAAAUACGAGACAUGAAAAGGGAGAUCCAAGGGCUGAGGUACCACGAGCAGCGGCUGUUGGGCGAGCUCCACCGCAAGGUCGGGUACCUCGUGAACUACAGCGUGCAGCAAGAGGAGCGGAAGGUGCCAAACAUGUUGUACUUCGCGAGGACCGAUAAUUACUCGAGGAGAUUGGUCACGAGCGUGGUCCCCGGCAUGAAGGCCAUGCGGCUGCACAUGCUGUGCGAGUUUCGAGGAGAGAUGCACGUGAUUGAGGAUCAAGUGGGGUGCGAGGUGAUGCGUGUGGAUAAUGAGGCUGUCAGGUGUUUGGCGCCGUACGUGAAGGGUUUUAUGAGGCUGGUGACGUUUGCAUUGAAGAUAGGGGCCCACCUGGCGGUGGGCAUGGGGGAGAUGAUACCUGACUUGGAGGAGCUCGGGACAGCUCAGCAGUGGUUGCUCGAUUUUUUGAGGGAUCAAGGGUGCUCGACUGGGAGGGAUAUUGCGGAGAAGUUUGGGUUGUGGAGAGUUAGGUACAGGGAUGAUGGGCGAAUAGCAUGGGUCUGCAGGAGGCAUAUGCAUGCAAGGGCGUAUCAGAUAGUUGAGGCGCCCAUUUGA